CUACUGGCGACCAUCAUCUCCUUGUUUUUCGCUUCCGCUCCAGUGGGCGCCUUCGCCGUCCUGCAGAUCGACACCCCAUCUCCUGCGCCGACACAAUGCGCUCCUGCUAUUCUGCAAUGGAGCGGCGGCGCUCCGCCAUACUUUCUAGCCAUAGUUGGUACCGGUGACCUCGCAGUCGCAUUACAACGCUACGACGGCCUCUUCGACACAUCGUUUCUUUGGAGCACGAACAUCACCGCCAGGACCUCGAUCGCACUCACCGUGACGGACGUUACCGGCACCCUCGCGCAAAGCGCACCCUUCAUCAUACACUCGAGCUCGGAUAUCAGCUGCCUUGAGAGCUCUGUGCCCAGCUCCUCCGACAUCAGUCGUGUUCUCGAUUCUACCACGUUUGAGGCAUCAACAAGUAUGUUUCCCGCGGGGAUAACCGCCGGAGCAUCGGCCGGUGUGUCUGGUGGUGCGGGCGCGACCGCCGUUGCAACUGCUGGCGUU